GCGGGGUCGGGUCCGCUGUCUAGUUGCUUUUUCCAGGCAUGGCUCCGCGCUCUUGGCGCUGGUGGCCCUGGACGGCAUGGCCUCGGACCCGGCCGCCUCCUUCCGAAAGCACCCAGACCUUUGGGAAUUCAGAUGAAGUAAGGGACCCUGCAAACGCCAAAGCUUUGAGGAAAGAGAGAAGGAGUGCACAGAUGAGGGUGAAGCCUGGGAAACCCCGUUUUCUGUUGGACACUGAAGAGCAGACCCCCCAGAUCUGUGUGGUGGGCAGUGGCCCAGCUGGCUUUUACACCGCCCAACACCUGCUAAAGCACCACUCCCAGGCCCACGUGGACAUCUACGAGAAGCAGCUGGUGCCCUUCGGCCUGGUGCGCUUUGGCGUGGCGCCCGACCACCCCGAGGUGAAGAAUGUCAUCAACACUUUUACCCGGACGGCCCACUCUGACCGCUGUGCCUUCCACGGCAACGUGGUGGUGGGCAGGGAUGUGACCGUGCAGGAGCUGCGGGACGCCUACCACGCCGUGGUGCUGAGCUACGGGGCGGAGGACCAUCGGGGCCUGGAGAUCCCCGGAGAGGAGCUGCCGGGCGUGCUCUCAGCCCGGGCCUUUGUGGGCUGGUACAAUGGGCUUCCUGAGAACCGGAAGCUGGCGCCGGACCUGAGCUGUGACACGGCCGUGGUUCUGGGGCAGGGGAAUGUGGCUCUGGAUGUGGCCCGGAUCCUGCUGACGCCACCUGAGUACCUGGAGAAAACGGAUAUCACGGAGGCUGCCCUGGGGGCACUGAGACAGAGUCAGGUGAAGACGGUGUGGAUAGUGGGCCGACGUGGACCCCUGCAAGUGGCCUUCACCAUUAAGGAACUUCGGGAGAUGAUUCAGUUACCAGGAACUCGGCCCAUUUUGGAUCCUGCGGAUUUCUUGGGCCUUCAGGACAGAAUCAAGGAGGUCCCUCGCCCGAGGAAGCGGCUGACGGAACUACUGCUUCAAGCAGCCACGGAGAAGCCAGGGGUGGCGGAGGCUGCCCGCCGGGCAUCGGCCUCCCGCGCCUGGGGCCUCCGCUUCUUCCGAAGCCCUCAGCAGGUGCUGCCCUCGCCAGAUGGGCGGCGAGCGGCAGGCAUCCGCCUGGCAGUCACCAGACUGGAGGGUGUUGGUGAGGCCACCCGGGCAGUGCCCACUGGAGCCGUGGAGGACCUCCCCUGUGGGCUGGUACUGAGCAGCAUUGGUUAUAAGAGCCGCCCCAUCGACCCCAGUGUGCCCUUUGACCCCAAACUCGGGGUCAUCCCCAAUAUGGAGGGCCGGGUUGUGGAUGUGCCAGGCCUCUACUGCAGCGGCUGGGUGAAGCGCGGGCCCACAGGUGUCAUCACCACUACCAUGACUGACAGCUUCGUCACCGGCCAGAUUCUGCUGCAGGACCUGAAAGCGGGGCUGCUGCCGUCUGGCCCCAGGCCUGGCUAUGCAGCCAUCAAGGCCCUGCUCGGCAGCCGAGGGGUCUGGCCUGUUUCUUUCUCGGACUGGGAGAAGCUGGAUGCUGAGGAGGUGUCCCGGGGCCAGGGUGCGGGGAAGCCCAGGGAGAAGCUGCUGGAUCCUCAGGAGAUGCUGCGGCUGCUGGGACGCUGAGACCAGAUCCCAGGCAGGCACGGAGGGGAGGAGUGCUGUGCGGGGGAGAGGGAUCGGGGUCAGUCUGAGCAGGACUCUGCACCACAGCUGCAUCGCCUGGCCGUCCUGGCGUGGGGCCUUGGCUGCCCCUUUGCCAGGGGCCUCUGAGCAUUUCCUCGUGCCAGAAAGUCGCUCUUGCCACUGUGGGCAACUCUCAGCAAGGAGAUAACCUUAGUUAGGGAUGGGUGCAGGUGCAGGCUGACCUUCCUCCCUCCUGCCUAUCUCCUGCUGGACUUUGGAGGGUCACCAGGUCGGAAAUAUGCUGGAAAUAAAACACCUGCAACCGAG